UUGAGAUUUUUCACCAAUCAAAUCAGCAGCUCCCAAGUGGAAUUUGGUUGAUUGCGGACGAAUUUCGGAGGCUCGUAAUAGGUUGGUUGAACAGUUGCGUUUUAUCUAGUCUUCGAUCCUAUUAUUUGUUAUCAACCUUUUACGAAGGCUCUAGUGGUAACAAAAAUUGAAAUGGGCAAUUAUUUUGCGCGGUAUGUCACCAAUCCGGAAGCAACCCCGGAGCCGCUCGUUAAGCCGAGUUUCGAUGCCAACUUCGGAUUUCCCAAUGGUCGCAAAGAACGAGUAAUGAUUGCAACUGAAAGGGAAAUGGAAGCUGCCAAGUUACCACUUGAAGAUCGGGAUUAUUGUGCUCACAAGCUACUGGCUCAUAUGGCAUGUCGGGCGGAUGUGUGGCCCUGGGCGUACAAAUGUGCCCAUGAAAAGCACGAAUACCUAAACUGCCAAUACGAAGAUUACAUUUACCGAAUGAAGGAAUACGAGCGGGAAAAGCGGUUGUUGCUGAGAAAGCAAAGAAUCGAGAAAAAGCAAGCUCGUGAACUACACGCCUAAUCGGCAAAUAAUAUCUUUUAUCAAAAAGCCGUUUGAUGUUUCUUUGAACGUUACUAGCCACAUUCGAAAGCAGAGCUACCACGUUUUUAUACCAAUUCUUUGUAAUAAAUAAAAACAAGGUGGAUUCGAUGUUAGAA